AUGUACCGGAGGGGGGUCGCUGCGCAAGUGCAGCUAAGACAGCUUCCUUCCCAUUCAUAUAGAAAGCUCAUCUGCUGUACGCAAGCCUUUUUUGCUCCCUUCUCAAUCCAAGCAUCAAUCACUCAUCAAACAACACACCGUCCUUGCUCUUUAGCAGUAAACAUACCCUCAAAUUUCCACCUCACCAACAAAACAACCAUCAUCAUGUCCGGAAACUCAAACGUUGGCAACAGCGCCGUUUACGAGGCUGGCGAUCAGAGAAAUGCCAAAGAGGAGGAGACCAACAACGCCGAGCGUUUCCACGAGGGCAAGGAGCACUCUCACUUGGCGACAGACUCCAAGGAUGAGCGUUCCAUCGCCAACAGACUCGCUGCUGAGGAGAAGAAGAACAAGGAAGGUGAUGAGGAAGAGUCCCUCGAGACCCGCCUUGGCAAGGAGGACGCCACACUCCCCGCCAAGCUGCACGGUAACAAGCCUUCCAGGGGCGCCGAGAUCGAUAAGCAGCUCCAGGAGGAGGACGAGCUCCGCCUGAAGCAAAAGGCUGGAAAAUAG